GCGCGCCGCCUCGCCGCUCGGAGCCGCUCUCCCCAUGGCCGAGAGGAUGGGCAGCGCCGACGGCUUCCAGUACCGCGCGCUCUACCCCUACCGCAAGGAGCGCGAGGAGGACAUUGACCUGGUGCCCGGCGACAUCCUGGUGGUCAGCAAGGGGGCCCUGCAAGCCUUGGGCUUCAAGGACGGGGACGAGCAGAACCCCAACCAGAUCGGGUGGAUCCUGGGCGUCAACGAGCGGACCAAGCAGAAGGGCGACUUCCCCGGCACCUACGUGGAGUACGUGGGGCCCGUGAAGAUCUCGGUCCCUUCGCACCGGCCCCGAGUGCAGAGACCCCUGCCCGCGACACCGGGGGCCGGCGGCUGCCGGCUGCAGGAGGCUCCGGAGCAAGGGUCUCCUCUCCCCGACCUGCAGGAGCAGUUCAGUCCCCCGGAGAUCGCGCCGCCGCUGCUGGCGAAGCUGGUGGAAGCUAUCGAGAAGAAAGGGUUAGACAGCGAGAUGUUGUACAGGACAUCUGGCUCCGAACUGAGGCAAGCGCUGAGAACCGAUUGGAGCCUGGGCGACCUGGAGCCCUUCGACGUGCACUCCCUGGGCGAGGCGCUGCGCGGCUACCUGCAGGACCUGCCCUCCCCCGUGGUGCCCGUGUCGGUGCACGGAGACAUCCUUCGCGUCCUGCAGGAGGUUCCCCAGCCGGAGAAUUGCCGGAAACAGCUGCUGCUGGCCCUGGAGCCGCCUGCGGUCCCGCUCCAGAACACGCUCACCCUGCAGUUCCUGCUCCGGCAUCUGGGGAAGGUAUCACAGCAGGCUGAGAGCAACAACCUCCACCCUCGGGCCCUGGGAGAGAUCUUCGGCCCCCUUCUCCUCCGGCUGCCUGGCGCCAGCCCAGAGCUGAGCCCUGACUUCUCCGUGCUUUUUCUGGAGAUGCUUCUGCAGCUGAAGGAGCUGGAGCCGGAACAGUUGCCUCCAGCGUUGCCUCCAAAGCCACCUAAGCCAAAGCCCAGCGCCGCCAGCCUGGCCAACGGGAACAGCGUGCCCUUGCAGGACGCCGAGUGGUACUGGGGUGACAUUUCCCGGGAGGAAGUGAACGAGAAGCUGCGGGACACGCCGGACGGCACCUUCCUGGUGCGGGAUGCUUCCAGCAAGAUCCAGGGCGAGUACACGCUCACGCUCAGGAAAGGAGGCAAUAACAAGCUGAUCAAGAUCUUUCACCGGGAAGGGAAGUACGGCUUCUCGGAGCCCCUGACUUUCGGCUCGGUGGUGGAGCUCAUCACCCAUUACCGGCACGAGUCGCUCGCCCAGUACAACGCCAAGCUGGACACGCGGCUCCUCUACCCCAUCUCCAAGUACCAGCAGGACCAGGUGGUGAAAGAGGACAGCGUGGAAGCCGUGGGAGAGCAGCUGAAAGUCUAUCACCAGCAGUACCAGGACAAGAGCUGGGAGUACGACCUGCUGUACGAGGAGUACACGCGCACGUCCCAGGAGCUGCAGAUGAAGAGGACGGCAAUCGAGGCCUUCAACGAGACGAUCAAGAUCUUCGAGGAGCAGUGCCAGACGCAGGAGAAGUGCAGCAAGGAGUACAUCGAGCGCUUCCGGCGGGAGGGCAACGAGAAGGAGGUGCAGCGGAUCCUGAUGAACUCGGAGAAGCUCAAAUCUCGCAUCACGGAGAUUCAUGACAGCAAGAUGAAGCUGGAGCAGGACCUGAAGAAACAGGCCUCGGAAAACCGGGAGAUCGACAAGCGCAUGAACAGCCUCAAGCCAGACCUCAUGCAGCUGCGCAAACUGCGGGACCAGUACUUGGUGUGGCUGACGCAGAAGGGUGCCCGGCAGAAGAAAAUCAACGAGUGGCUGGGCAUCAAGAAUGAGACAGAGGAUCAGUACUCCAUGAUGGAUGACGAGGAGGAGCUGCCUCACCACGAGGAGCGGACGUGGUACGUGGGGAAGAUCAACCGCCUGCAGGCCGAGGAGAUGCUGUGCGGCAAGCGGGACGGCACCUUCCUGAUCCGCGAGAGCAGCCAGAAGGGGUGCUACGCCUGCUCCGUGGUGGUGGAUGGUGACACCAAGCACUGCGUCAUCUACAAGACGGCGUCUGGCUACGGCUUCGCGGAGCCCUACAACCUCUACGCCUCCCUCAAGGACCUGGUCUUGCACUACAAGCACACGUCCCUGGUGCAGCACAAUGACUCCCUGAAUGUCACGCUGGCUCACCCGGUCCUUUCCCAGCCGCCUGCCAGAUGAGCAGCCCGUGCACAACACAACAGCUGCCUUCAGCUUCUUCCCCAGGGCACUGCUUUCUGGCUCUGGACUCUUGCACCCUGUAUAGUUGAGUCUCUGUGCUCCUGCCCCUCCAGAGCCUCCGAGAUGUCUGUGACCGUUCCUGGUGUCCCUUUUUGGUCAGUAGCUGAAACCCGUGUUGGCUGACGGGACAAAAAGGCUGGGCCGUUGACUCCCAGUGGGCUCCAGUCCUUAGGAGGUGGGAUCCAGUUGUAAUUGAAUCGCUGUGGGCGAGCACAGCCCUUCCCCUUCCCCGACAAACAGGUCAGACCCCUUCUUGCUGGCAGGUUGCCCCGCUACGCAUCACCGUAGAGCUAGAUCCCCGUUCCCCUGCGCUGGGGUGCGGGUCACUGCCCCGGCCGAGCGGCCGCUGGCGCUGCUCUGGGCGAGGGGCUCCCUGCCCGGACGCUGGAGAAGGCAGAGGAGGAGCCUCCCUCUGCCGAGCGCACGCGUCCUCCGCUCUCACUUCCCUCGGUGACUUCGCGGGCUGGGGUGGGAGCUGGUGUCUGGUACGAGGGCUGCUGCUCUUUUGUGCAGAGACUCAUUUCAGAAAGAGAAACCCACGUCCCCCGUGGGGCGGCGGGCGUGCCGGGGAGGGAGGCUUUGUGGCCGAGGUCCCUGCUCCGUGCUGUGCCCCUUCUGUCUUGUUCCCUGGUGUCAUAGCCACCUCCAUUGCUGCCUGGGGAGGACCCGGCCAGCGACGAAUCUCUCACCUUAGUUGUGCCAGCUAAGCUGUGAAACCCCCGUUGGUACCUGCGUCUUUCCCGGCAGAAUCCGGGGGGCGCGCAGCUCUUUGUUCCUGGUUGUCUUUGGUGAUUCUCUGCGAGCGUAACCCGCCGAAGCUAACUGUAGCUCUGUAAAUACGGUUCUUUUUGUAAUCAGCUGCUUACCUAGUACCGGCCUGUGCCGAGCUCCCACUACGACCCCGCAAGCCCGUGGGCAGCGGCCGGCCGGGCUGCUGCAGCCUCGGGUCCUGCCAGCCUGGAGCAGGAGGGGGCUGGAGCCCGACGCACACUACGAGCCCGACGCAAAAUGAAGGACCUCUCCGCUGCACGGUAUCUCCGCUGGGCCCAGGGCCUUAGCACGUAGAAAUGUAUCCACACGGUGUCGAACUGUGUACGCAAAGCA